AUGUUCCUCUACAACUCCAUCAUCGUUACUGCGAGGAAAGACUCGAUCCGUGAGAUCCAGGUCUCGGUGUCGAUCGACCCCUCACAGGCUAUUCCGGCGAUCACGGACGAGUUCCACUCCCUCCAAGACAUUGGAUGGUACGGUAGCGCCUACCAAGUUGCCGAUGCUGCGUUUCAACCGCUGAUGGGCACGAUAGUGGCUGGAGUAGGAAGUGCCGGUAUCAUGAGCGGCGGCCUGACGAUAAUCGUCGGAUCGGUGCCGCUCGAGAAAAGACCCGGUACGCUUAUCACAGUGUCAUAG